AUCACGAACAAAAUAAUUUAAUUAAAUGAGAUAUGUGGCUUUCUCCCCCUAAUACGGAUUGGCUCAUAGGUUUGCGGAGACUGAGAGUGAAGAUGUUGCGACCAGCGAUACUGCAGUUGGUUGCGUUACUGGUUUUGGUUGUCUUCUUCAGUGCGAGUGGCGAUUACAUACCGCCUUCAAAAUUGGAUGGUUUCGUCUACGAGAAUCACUCUUUCGAUUUCGAUUCCAUUUUGAUCGAAGCGUUUUACGAUCCCGUUUGCCCAGACAGCAGGGAUUCAUGGCCCCCACUCAAACAAGCUCUUCACCACUACGGUUCUCGAGUUUCGCUUGUCGUUCACCUCCUCCCGUUACCUUACCAUGACAAUGCUUUUGUUGCGUCUCGUGCUUUGCACAUUGUGAACACCUUGAAUGCAUCUGCGACUUUUCCCUUUUUGGAGUGGCUCUUCAAGCAUCAGGAGAAAUUCUAUGGGGCUCAAACGCGGAACUUAACUAGGGUUUCUAUUGUAGAGGAGAUAGUGAAGUCUGCAGCAAAAGUACUUGGGAGCUCUUAUUAUAAUUCCAUACAGAAUGGCUUCAAUGACACAAAAACUGAUUAUCUGACCAGGGUUUCUUUUAAGUAUGCUGCUUCGAGAGGGGUGUAUGGAACACCCUUUUUCUAUGUCAAUGGAUUCUUGUUGCCCGAUACUGGAGCUGCCGUUGACUAUAACACCUGGAGGAAGGUCAUUGACCCAUUGGUUGGUGCGAAGAAGAGUUCAAAAAGUGAAGAAUCCCUUCAUUUCUUCCUGUGAGGAUUGUAAGUAUCUUUAGUUAUUAGCACUUGACCAGUGAGGAAAUGUAAAGAAUGUAUUUGCUGAAUGAUAGUGCUAAUGCCAAGAAUGCAAUAAAGGAAAUUAAACGUUAUAAAUAUUCCUUAGUCCUUAGAUAUACAUAUGUAGCGUGGGUGGGGAAUACGAGACAC